UUCUACUCAAAGUUUGCUAGCCUUGCAGUCAUCCGAGAACUGACCUCAUCAUGAUUUUCAAACAACCAGUGCAAUUUGUUCAACAUCACACACAAUCCGAGCUUCUCAAAGUCCCCAACAUCGACUCCGAUUACGAGGAUGAUGACCUUACUAAUUCGCCAGUACAGUUGGUGGCAAGGGACGAAGUGCAGACUACUUUUGACGAGAUAAUCUCAAAGAUAUGCAACAAGACCCUCGAUCUGGGGAGUGGAAGAUCUCGAGCAGAGUUUCUGACCCAGUAUGGCCAUUUCCUUGACCAGAUGACCCGGAUGAAUGGGGAAAGCUUUUUGCAUGUAGUAGCGAGCAGAAUGGCACACAGCACUCUUAUACGCUAUGUUGUGAGGAAAAAGAGACACCUCCUGCAUCAUAAGGACACCAGUGACAGAACCCCUCUAUACGUGGCUAUCGAGUAUAAGAACGAUGCCUUUGUGGAUGCCGUCCUGAAAGAGAUCAACGACAUGGACUUGGACCUUCUGCUGCGGGAGAGAUGUGAAAAUGGACGAAACAGCAUUCAUGCUGCCAUCCAACACUCCCUGAACAAGGAUUGUACCCUGAAAUUAAUUAGAAAGGCAUCGGACAUCACCCUUUCCACAAGCGAUAACAAUGGUCUUACGCCUUUGCAUCUGGCGGUUGAUUAUGAUCGGAGCUCUGCCUCACAAUUGGAUAUUGUACGGGCUCUCAUCGCGCGCGGGGGUGGAGCAUUCGAUAAGUACACGACAAACCCGCCCGAUCUAUCAGUUUACGAGUAUCACAAUUACACGCGGGAGAAGUCUCAUAGAAGGGCAGAUGGUGCAAAGGCAGUGGAAACUUCAUUGCUAGAGCUUCGGUCAGGGGUUAUCGAAGACCGAAAAGCUUCAGUAGGCAAGGCCAGAAGGCCCUUCGACGAGUUGCCAGUUGAUCAGAAUGCCCACAGGGAGCGGCAAUCAAGAGACAAACUCGAGCAGAAGUACUUCAACACGCAGCAGCAUAACAUGGAAGCCCCGCUUAGGACUGUUCGCAGGCUAGAAGAACGGACAGAGAUGUCUCAAGAACAGGACAUAGCUACAUAUGCGGACAAUAUUCGACAAGAGAUCAAGCUAUGUUACCUUCGCUCAACAUUUGAGAGCGCUCCUGGAAGGUAUAUAAGAGACCAGCUCGCGGCGUCGAAGUUCCUCUAUGGAGCGAAUAUACGAAAUGUUAACCUUUCAUUCGACUUUUCUCAGGGUCCGUUGACUAUCUCGAAAGACUCAUUUGAAGAGAGCUACAGCCAUAUGGUUUUCGAUGAAACUCUGCGAUAUGUCUCAUUCCGCCCUACUCUUUUACAGAAGCCACCUGGACCCGCUCCAGGGUCGAGGCUAGCAAAGAAACUGGCUCAAACUCUGAAGCAAGACCAGGGUCCAAAUGAUCUUGUCUUUUUCUUCAACUGGCUUCAUGAGAAGAAAGUCCGGCACAUGCUCAAAGUUGUCGUUUAUGAUGUAGAAGAUGCGCCCCACACCGAUGCGGCAAUCGAAGAUUGUCUCAGAAAGUUCGAGAUAGAUACCUUGGCCUGGUAUAAGUCUGACCUGAAUCCUCAGACGCUAUUCAAUGCCUGUAGGGGGUUGAAAGAAAUUUAUCUACAAUGGAGCGGCAAUAUGUCUAUACUGAAGGCUUGGGGUGAGCCGGACGGCCUCCCACGAUUGGAAAACCUGGAACGUGUGCAUCUAGUAUGGAAUGCUGAAGAGACUUCUGAAAAAUCCCAGCAAGUUAUAUCUGCUUUGGAACAUCUCCAAAUACGAUUGAACCAAGCAGUGGGGGAGAUUAAUGCGGCAAGAAGGCAUGGGGCCGUAAAUGGUAACCAAAUUCAGCAACGGAAACCCAUUGUCGUCGAUAAGCUUGAAAUCAGGGCUUCGACUUACGGCCGACACGCGAAUACAGUCGGCCCCCCCAAUGUCUUAGCCAACAUCGGCAAGAGAAGACUACAGCCUAAUCGCUGGCUGGAAUGUAUAGACCAAUUCGCAGACGAGAUCCAAAACGUGAAGGUGCCUCUUACCGAUAUACCGGCGCUGAAAGGCGAUAUAAAAGUUGCUGUGGUUGACGAUGGAGUCGAUAUCCAUAUUCAGUCCCUUCAGGGAAAGGUCAUCGGAGGUGAAUCUUUCGACCGUGGAAGUCUAGAUGGAUAUGGGACAAGCCCAUACUAUAUCUCCGGGGGAGGGCAUGGAACCAUGAUGGCGGACAUGGUCUGCAGAGUUUGCCCCACUGCCAAAUUGUUUGUCUAUAAACUGGAGAUGCAUUCCAAUCCCGAUGGUGGUCCCCGGCAAAUCUCAGCUGAAAGUGCUGCGUUGGCUGUCAUGGCGGCUGUGCGGCAAAAAGUGGAUAUCAUAUCCAUGUCUUGGACAAUAAGGGAAACGGAAGACAACUAUAACAGCAUCAGCGCACUACGGGACGCCAUAAGGGCUGCCUUGGAUGCGAAUAUCUUGCUAUUUGGUGCUGCUUCCGACAAAGGGGCCGUGACUGAGAUCGAAUACCCUUGUUUCUACGACAGACGCAUAUUCAGGAUUGGCGCUGCCACAGCUGACGGCAGGGUGUAUGAUCCAACGGGCAACCCACAGCACCUCAGCUUUAUCUUCCCCGGGCAUAGUGUAGCCCCGCGGAAUCCUUACCUGGAGAAGGGCUUACCCAUUGACUCCGAGGAAAAGUCGGGCUCCUCAAUCUCCACCGCUCUAGCAGCAGGACUCGCUGCUCUUGUACUGCACUGUAUCCGCCUUGGCAUUCUACAGGCGGAAAUGGAGAUGCGACAGACCGGUAGACGCUCAUCGACAGCUGUGCGACUCUCAGAUUUCGAGAAAGCCAAGGAGUACUACGGUAUGCGAAGCAUUCUACGGGGGCUAGGCUUGAACGAGGAUAAUCAGAAGUAUCUCGAGGUGUGGAAGCGCCUUGAUGGGCCAGCUAAGCGGUUGAGAUCGCCCAACGGCGAGAUGACUCCGCUAGAGAUCAUUGCAGGGCUGGCUCGAGAUCUCGUUUCGGGGAUUGCGGACCAUUGAUUGGAGUUAUUGAGCUGCCAUUGAACCUAUUUCAUGAAUGUGUGUUCCUAUGUGUGUAUAUUGUCAACCAUCUUCUUGCAGUCCAGCAGUGUACACUGAGUCUCUGAAAGAGACAGUUUUGCAAUUCAUUCAAG